AUGGACACAUUCAAAGAGAUCGACCCUAACACAUUAGAAGAUCCGGACAUGGAAUCCCCCGCAUACAAAGACCAAAAAUUCACAAUCCUCGAAGCACUCUCUGCAACAGGUCUCCGCUCCAUCCGCUACGCCAAAUCAAUCCCACAGAUCAAAUCCAUCAUCGCGAACGACCUCCUCGAAGACGCUGUCGCAGCCAUCACCAAAAACGUGAAAGCCAACGGCGUCGAGGAUAUUGUCAUCCCCAACAAAGGCGACGCUACGGCAGUCAUGUACCAGGCGAUAGGCGCCGGAACGAAAUACGACGUUAUUGACUUGGACCCGUACGGCACCGCCGCCCCGUUCCUAGACACGGCCGUUCAAGCGGUGUCCGAAGGCGGGUUGCUGUGUAUCACAUGCACGGAUCUGGCGGUAUUGGCAGGCAGCCAGCCAGACGCAUGUUGGGGGAAAUAUGGCGGCAUGCCGGUCCCGAACUCGCCGUACUGCCAUGAAAUGGCCCUGCGGAUCUUGUUGCAUACCAUUCAGUCGUCGGCGGUGCGGUACAAGCGAUACAUCGAGCCGCUGGCGUGCUUCAGUAUCGAUUUCUAUGUGAGGGUGUUUGUGAGGGUCUAUACGUCGGCGCAGAUGGUUAAGCGGGCUGCUGGGAAGACGUCGAUGGUGUUUCACUGCACUGGCUGCAAGGAUUUCGUUACCCAGCCCAUCGGCAAAUCGGCUGAGAAUGGGGACGGGCGAAAGGUCGGGCCCGUUGUGGGUCCCAAUGUUGGUAGCCAUUGCGAGCAUUGUGGGAAGCGGUUCCAUAUUGGUGGCCCGUUCUACAACGGCCCCCUCCACAACCGCGAAUUUCUACUUCGUAUGCUGAAAGAGGUGCAGUCCGCGCCAGACGCGAAGUACGGGACCAAGCCGCGCAUGCUGGGGAUGCUCACCGUCGCGUCGGAGGAACUCCCACUACCGUUCUACUACGAAGUCUCCGUCCUCGCCUCAGUCGUACGCUCCACAUCUCCCCGACUUCUCGACAUCCUAUCGGCCCUCCUGAACAUGCGCUACUCCGUCUCACUAACUCACUGCUCCACCAACUGCUUCAAAACCAACGCCCCCGGCCGGGCCGUCUGGGACGUGCUCCGGAAAUUCGUGGAGAACCAUCCUGUGAAGAUGGAUAGUCUCGCGAAAGACGCGGCUGGGAGGACGAUUUUGGCGGCGCAGGGAGGGAGUGUAAGCUUUGAGAUGCAUCCGAAAGCGAACCCGCCGAGUAGGAAGGUGAAGCUGGUGAGGUAUCAGGAGAAUCCGACCAAGAAUUGGGGCCCGUUGGUAUGUUGUCACCGGCUCUUGGAUAGAUGGAUGUGUCGUGCGCUUAACUGA